AUGGAUAGUAAGCUACCAAUUCAAUUCUUGCGCAAGCUCUUUUUGGAUAUCGUGGACGACGACUGGAUCAAAGAUACGUUGUCGGACGAUGAAAUUGAGAUACCACUUGCUCUUGAUGUCGAUUUGAAUGGCAGCGAAAGUCCUACUGGAGAGCCAUCAAUGUGGACUGCGGAGGAGAAAAAAGAUCGCUGGAAUGAUCUGGGCUUAGAUGAAUGGGUGAAUAUGGCUUGA